CCUGGUUGUGCCCCACCAGCUCUCAGAACCGUCACGAGCACGUCACGGAUUCAGACGCACUCUCGGCACUCCGAGACCCAGCGAGCGCACUCGAGCAAGCGAAGUGAUACACACGACAAACGCGUUCUCGAUCGUGUACGUCAACAUUCAUCAGAGCUCUCCAACGGUGACACCCGUGGGACACCGCGGAUCUCCUGGAGCUCGACAUCGACGUCGAUCGGUGGAUCAAGAUAGAUCGGCACUUUCUCCUUCUGGGGACUUUCGGUUACUCCUUGUUUUGUGACCAGUGAUAACGCGACGGUACAGCGAAGUGUGAUCAUGUCACCGCACACGAGCUACACUCCAGUCAGUGGCAUGGAGUACGAGGAGCCGGUGUCGCGCACCUAUCAGUACCGCAAGGUGAUGAAGCCGAUGCUGGAGCGCAAACGCCGUGCCCGCAUCAACCGUUGCCUGGACGAGCUGAAGGAUCUGAUGGUGACCGCACUGCAGGCCGAGGGCGAGAACGUGGCGAAACUGGAGAAGGCGGACAUCCUUGAACUGACGGUGCGUCACUUGCACACGCUACGCGCCGCCAGACGACUCACGCUCACGCCGGAGAACAGCUACGCCGAUCGAUUCCGCGACGGCUUCACCCAGUGUGCCCAGGAGGUGUCGACCUUCCUGUCGACGCCAGUCGCCGCGGCGGUGCAUCCCACAGCCGGUGCCCAGCUCAUGCGACAUCUCGGUGGCUGCUUGCGACGACUGGAAGGCCCAGCCGGCGCCAAACACGCGGUCACCGCGACGACUACGACAACGGCAUCGGCGACGAAGACCACUCAGGUGCCAACCGGACAGACAAACGUGCCCCAGAACGUGUACACACCCCCGCAGAGUCCUGUCAGUGUUGCGAGUUCUUCCGGAGAGUCCUCCGAAUCCAGCAACGCGGUCUGGCGACCCUGGUGAUGCGGCAUUACGCAUACUCAGUGAUGAUGAACAUCCGAGAUCUCCGGAACGGACGGCCGAGAUGAUCGAGACGGACGAUUCCCACGUGAUGAAAGGUCUUUCCUUUGACGACGUCGAGAGGUGGAAAACGACGGAUUAUAUUGUCUUCCAAAUAUUAUAACACUUGCGAGACCUCGUUAAAGAACUUUGAGAAUGUUAAGGACUUUAACUCGCAACGUGGUUGAUUCUGUCGUAUUGUACAUAGGUGAUAAAGCUUUAAGUGAAAGAGGGAUAGAGAAGAAAGAGAGACUUCUGUGAUAGGGUUCCAUUUUGUACCUGAGAUGACUAUUUUCUCGUAAAAUAUAGCAACUCUAUUAUAUAGAUGUUAACUUGUUAUGUUUAAGAACCAUUUUCAACGCGAAUAGCGUUUCUUGGCAUUUCUGUUGAGGCCUUCGGGCCGCACGACGAUCAUCAAUAAAUGUCUUGUUUCAAUGACAAA